AUUACCAUUUGCCGCGCAAAUCUGUGUGGAACUUAGAAGCGAAAUUUUAUCAGAUGGCAGUCAAUUAUUUUCCCCAUUACUACUCGAUUGAAGAUAUUUUUGUCACCCACGAGAAAGUGGAAUGCAAGGUUAACACAAAGCUACAGCGGAUGGGGUUCCUAGAUGCAGGCUCUGAAACUGACCAUCUGGAACCGGGACGCACCGUCAACUUGCCUCUAUGGUACAUUAAAGAACUCAAAGUUAGUAACGCCUACUUCACAGUUUGUGUGCCCGAAAUCUAUAAAAAUGUGCACAAGGCCGUUUGCGAGGCAGAAACAACCCACAUCGAGCUAGGCCGUUUACAUCCCUAUUUCUAUGAAUUCGGCCGCUAUCUAACACCCUAUGAUAGCAAUCAUGUCAUAGGCCGUAUAAUAUUUGAGACGCUUCGCCAGCGAGUACGUUAUCUGUUAGACAUAUCGAAAAAUGAUGUUCAGAGCAGGAGUAGUAAACCGGAACAUCGUUUGGACAACAUCGAGGCCAACCUGCAUGUCGCAGGCACUAAAACAAAUACUCAGUAUAUCAAUUGGUUGCAGAUGUGUAGCAAUAAGAUAUGCAUCUCCCAAUUAGUGGAGGAGCAUCAGAAGAAGCGCAAGCGUGCCGAUUGCAGUGAUGAUGAAAACGACAGCCACCCUGCCAGUAAACGAGCUACUUUGUGAUGCUUGAAACUGAAAUGUCUUAUAUACAAAGUUGAGACUGCUAACAGAACUAAUCAAUGAGGCAUUUGGUGAUAGCUGCUUAUUGAACCUUGACACGCUAGCACACUCCCAACGUAUAGACAUAUUUUUAAAUUGUAUUUGCAUAGUCCAAUUCGCUUCAGUGUCUAUGGUUUUCAACGUGUUGGCACCAAGCUCAGUUCUCUUCGGCAGGAUGUAUCUACACAUGUUAAAUUGAAAAGAAGUAACUGUGAUUGGUCAGUAAAUCCGUCAUAGGGUCUUGAAUCCUUAUCCAUAUGGAAUAAAAGGCCAAUCGGAAUGAAAGUACACUAGUGAACAAAGCAUAUUUUUAGAAAUACAUACUUAUGUGUAUCCAUAAGUAAAUAAUACAUAACUAUAAUUGAUAAUAAAAAACCCAGAGUCAAAUUGCUGUCAGACACCAACCAUUUACUUUGGCAUCUAAGCAUUUA